CUACUCUUGUGUGAAUAUUCUAUCUAAAUCGUUAAGAGAAACGGAGACUUACUAAGCGGAUAUGCUUGUAGGUAAUUCCGUAUUAUGUUCAAGUUGCUACAAUGUUCUAGAUUUCGUUAGGGCAGCUUUGUGCGUCAAAACUCCGUCUGAAUAUUUCAUUAUUGUUAUCAAAGAUGAAUAAGAAUCGUGUUUGUCUUGGUAAGAAGGCAACGACAAAAGUCUGUACAUAUAUCAGGUUUUCUAACGUGGUUUUUUAUUUCCAUUGUUUUAGGUUUAAUAGGAACCGUGAGAAUCAAACCACUUUACAGUCCGCUUUAACGCAUCAUUUGUUGCUCCUCGUAUGUGUUUAUAUUCACAUAAAUGUUUGUUUAUUGCGAUUCUACAAAACUCCGAGUGAUUUGUUUUUUUGUUUGAAGUGAGUUGAAACUUGUAAUAAAAAUGCAACUACUUCAGUCAAGAUAAUUGUUUUCAGUACGAUAAAUGAUUUCUCCCAGUGAUUCAGUUAGUAAUCUAAUAUACGGUGUAUGAGCAUAUAGAUGAUAUAUUUCAAACUAUAGGCUUCAGUGAAUUUAAGAACUCAGAGAAACCAUUAUAGCAUUACUGACAUUCAGCAUUGUAUAUAACCACAGCCUGUCAAAAUUAAGGUCUUAGACUCUCAGAGCUUAAACCGCUCAUUUAAAAGAUGAAUAAUGAAUGAAUUUUACGUACAUAAGACUGGACUGUGGAAAGCUGUUUAAUAUGCUUUAAGAUAGAAGAUUAUAUAUGUUUGUGACAAAUUUUACUACAUGGAGUAAGUUGAAGUUCAUCAAUGCCAAUGUAUAUAAAAGCUUUUCCUCAGUCUUUAUCAAAACAUUCAUUAUUUCAUAGGAUAGUCUUCAUAUAUCAAUUCCGUUUUGCCAGAAUUUAAUAAUCAUAUUUUGUGAGAAAAAACAACAACUUGUGAAUACCUAAUGAAUACGUUUAUUUAUCGACUUUCUCUUAUUUUUAAAGCGAACAUCUUUCAUCCAGUUAUUUUCUAGAACAAUGUGAAGAGUUUGUCAGAACAACACCUUUGAUGAUCCUGUCAGUUUCUCUUAGUUGUUGAUAUCUUAUUACUGAGCAGUUGCUGAUAUAAUAGCAGUUCUAAUAUAUAUUGCAUUUAGUACUAUCGAUUUUACAGCUUCGUCCCUUAAAAGAUAUAAAUUAUUCAAAAACUUGAAGUCAGGUGUAAGGAUAGCUUUAAACAGCAUAGUUUGUGUCGUUGGGACAAACAGAAGGUAUUGAAGGGAUAUAUUAUAGUCUUUUGGAAAUAUUCAUACAAUGCUUUAAUAUAUGAAUAUUUACUUCUAUGGACACAAACACUGAAAGUUGUCAUGGAUUACAAAAGGAGAAAUAUCUUGUUAGGGUGUCUCUUGACUUUCGCUGAAAUCUGGACUUUGAUAUCGUCUAUUAAUAUAAACUUCACAAAAUACUACUAUGAACACAAUUUAGACGGAUAUAGGUGUGUACCUAAUGAAACUGUCAUUGAAACUGACAACGUGCUUGGUUAUACACAAUGUUGCAAAGAAUGUCACCUCAGUAAAAAAUGUCGCAGCGUAUUCUACCAGCCGGAGUCUAAGAAGUGCAUUGGCUGCCGCCUUAAUCCUAGAGCACCGAGCUGCAUUCACGAACCAUUGCCUGGUUCCAAGUAUCUCCGAACAAAGCCAAUUUACAGAAACAAGGUUGUGCCAGCUUCAGUCACCGACUGCAAAGACAUUUUAGAGAAUGACUGCUCCGCGCCAAGUGGCCUAUACAAAAUUAGCUUGUGGAAGUCAAAGAAAAUAAUACCAGUCCUCUGUGAUAUGGAAACAGCAGGAGGGGGUUGGACCGUAUUUCAGAAACGGUUUAACGGUUCAGUUGACUUUUAUCGCAACUCCACCGAAUAUGAGAAUGGCUUCGGGAAGUUAAAUGGUGAAUUCUGGCUAGGCCUAAAGUAUGUGCAAGAAAUGGCAGAUCAAGGUACAACUGAACUAAGACUGGAUCUGGCGGCUGCACGUUCACAUAACAAAACUGGUUACAGUACCUACCAAAACUUUAAGCUAGAUAAGAGCCCAAACUACACGAUUCACAUUGAUCCUGGAACUAGUACAAUAGAAAACAUGCACGAUGGUGGUUUUAUACAACACAAUGGUUUCCAUUUUUCGACUUACGACGCAGACCGUGAUGAAGAAACUAAUUUCAACUGCGCCGAGGUAUACCAUACUGGUUGGUGGUUCAAGAAAUGGUGUUACCAUGUCAAUCUAAAUGGAGAAUAUGUUACACCUGGAACAACACGAGAUAUGGGAAUUGAGGGCGCAAUUGUCUACUUUGAAUUGGAUACUUACUUUUCACUUGAAAGCACUAAAAUGAUGUUCCGGCGAGUGUAA